AGUCUGCCAUACGACGUGUACCGGCUGAUUUUCAAUGCCACUGCCUGCAUCGACGAUGCCGUGUGCCUUGGCCUCACCAACCCGUAUUUCUGGGCCAUCGGCCGCCAGCACCUGCAGAACUACUACGUGUCGCUUCUCGGGCGGUGGGCCGGCAAGAACGUCGUGUUUGUAGACAACCUGAUCAAGGCCGGUGACUACCCUCCCGGCCUUCUCUCAGCUGCCGAGAUGGAUGAGUUGAACCAAACGAUGGAGCCUCCGGACACCUGGGUCGACGUCAGCGAAGACGACAACAGCCAUGGCGGCAGCCACAGCCAGCACUCCGACUCGGAAGACGACGGGCGAUUCACCCUCUACUCCUUCGCCUUCCCGGAAAUUUCCUCGACGCGAGCCUGGAUCGUGCGGAACCUGCGCGUGUCCGAUGCCACCUUCUACACGGCCGACGAGCCGUGGAUCCUCCGCAACCUCACCACCAAGGAAUUCGUGCGUGACAAAGCCGAUGGAAUACCGCUGUCCGGACCCAUCCCGACACCGGAUCUCGUGCGCGGGCCUGAGAUCGGCGUCUGGGGCUUCGGCGAGGUCAUCAUGAUGCGCACGUGCUGGACUGCUGGAGACGGGAUCUUGGACACGGGUAAGGCACCCAUGAACCUGACGCGGGGGCCGUGGGCCGGGCACCGGUUCGACAUCAGGACGCGCGCCAGCCACGACGCCGCCAACGAGCACGGCUGGACUGACGUCAGCGAGCAAGUGGCAGCGGAGAGCGAGGCCGUCUGGAAGGAGUUUUACGGCCAAGAGUGGCGCGAGACUGUACGGACCACGUGUGAAGUGGAAUAUGACACUAUCAUGGAACGGCUGUGUGUUCGAAAAGAUUUCGACAAUCCGAUCGUGGAUCCCGAUGACCUGAACGCGGAUUAUAGGACACAGAUAUCGGUGAACUAG